AUGUGUGGUUAUCGUGGUCAUUAUACCGAUGAAGCAAUGAUUCACUUUGACAACAGUCGUCUCCACUCAGAAUCAAAAACAGAUAAUAGAAAAAGAAGAAAAGAAGCUGGCCGUGUUGUACAGAAAAAUCUUAAUGAUGGUCACACAAAUAAUAGCAACAAUGCACUCGGUGAUGAUGACAAAACAAUAGAUAAUGAUGAGCAAACAGAUGAUGAUUAUCAUGAAACAAAUCCUAUUGAUCAACCAACAACUCAAGAUAAUGAAAUAAUUACUGAUAGUGAUGAAUAUAUUACUGAUGAUAAUGAUACAACAUCAAGUAGUGAUGAAUCAUCAGAUGAUAGUGAUGAUGAAACAAAUCAUAUGGACAAUGAGGAAACACUUCUUAAUCCUGAUACAACAACAAACGAAGAUCUUGAAAAGAAUGAUGAUAAAAGUGAUGAAGAAUAUGGUUAUUAUAAUCCAAAAGACAAAAGAAUAUGGAAAGAACAAGAUUAA